AUGUUUCAACGUGGGGAAAAGGUUGCCAUAGGAGCUUCUGGCGGAAAAGACUCGACGGUGUUGGCGAGCGUGCUCAAGACCCUCAAUGAAAGAUACGACUAUGGCCUCGAGUUGCUGCUGUUGAGCAUCGACGAAGGAAUUGCCGGGUAUAGGGACGACUCUUUGGAUACUGUAAAGAGGAACAAGGUGCAGUAUGGUUUGCCACUCGAAAUACUCAGCUACAAGGACCUGUACGGCUGGACCAUGGACGACAUUGUCAAGAGCAUCGGCAACAAGAACAAUUGUGAGUAGCAAUCGCGUUAACAAUGCAACACACUUUUCGUCGUCUCACCCGUGACUGCAUCGCCACUCUAUCCCAUCGCACAGGCACAUUCUGUGGCGUCUUUCGAAGACAAGCUUUGGAUCGAGGUGCGCUAGCAAUGCGUGUGGAGCACAUCGUCACGGGUCACAAUGCCGACGAUCUGGCAGAGACUAUCCUCAUGAAUGGUGAACACUCGUACCCAGCCAGACUACCGACGCAGAGCCAUCUUAAGCUGACGGCUCACAGAUUUGCCUUGCCCUCUUGCAGUGUUGCGAGGCGACAUUGCUAGAUUGGAAAGGUGCACGGAGAUCACUACUUCCGGCCCUUCAGACGCCUCGACUUCUGCUGCGGGAGGAUGCGGCAGCGGUGGUGGCGAUGAGGAAGUCGACGAGGUCUUUGGAGGCUCGGGCAUCAAGCGCAGCAAACCUUUCAAGUAUGCGUACGAAAAGGAGAUUGUCAUGUGAGUGCAAGAGAUGCACGCGCUCUGCUACAAGCGACCACCCCCACUCGCGCAGGUGGCGAGGUGGUUCUCUUAUCGUUGUCUGUUUUGCCUCGCUGACAAAAUCACGCGACACCAAUCUCCGCUUGGAAUGUAGGUACGCCUACUUCAAGAAGCUGGACUACUUUAGCACAGAGUGCACCUACUCUCCUAACGCAUACAGAGGCACCGCCCGAGCAUACCUGCGAGAGCUGGAACUGAUCCGGCCAGGUGUGGUGCUAGACAUUAUACACUCUGGCGAGCAUCUCAAGGUGGAUGGUGGCGUGAUCAGGAAAGCUCAAAGUGAGUCUUUUGAUGCGCAAAGCUGCGGGUGCACUCAACUUCGCUCAUCGGCCUGCUCCUUUUGGCGCGCGCUGCAGAAACUUGCGUCAGAUGUGGCUACAUGUCAUCCAACGACUUGUGCAAAGCAUGCCGUGAGUGGUGUACAUCGGCGAUGCCGAAGCUGAUGCUGAACUUGCUGACAUGGCAGUCUUCCGCUCCUCAAUGACAGUGCUUCUGGAAGGAUUGAACAGGGGACAGCCUAGUCUUGGUGUUCGAUCAGGCAGACAGGGCCGCGAAGCGACUUCUUCCGCCUUGAGCAACAAUACGACUCGGCAAGAAGAUGCUGGAAUAGGAAACGUCAUUCCUCGCUGGACUCGUCCAGCAAGACCAACUUCGGAAGUUCCAAGCGCUAGCAAUCUAAUUGCGAUCGAACGCUUUAAAGAACCUGCAGCUCUUCGGCAGGACCCGGUCGAACACUUGACUCGAGCGCUAGAGAAUACUGCAAACAUCGCGGCAUGA